UAACCGAGAUGCUGGAAAUAUAAGACGUUCCGUGGCGAUAGUGUUAAAAAGGUGAAAGCGUCAAAACAGUCGGGAAUACGUGCACGCGGACUCACCUCACUCACGCACGGGUUGAAAGGAGAACAAGAUAGAGCGCGGGCUACACCCUUUUUACGUGCGAGAUCAAAGAGAAGUGCCGACGGGUUGGCUUGUGAUAAUUCUCCAGUGAAAUCCUUCAAACUCUCCGAGAGAUCUGAGUCAAGCCCCAAUACAACAUGGAAGGAUUUCACAGCGGGCUCAGCCGAGUCCCUCUGAUGCUUCCGGCGGAGCACCCAGGUCACAUGAUGUUGUCUCCAGAUCACGCAAGUCACGUGAUCAAAUCGGAAGCUGAGUUCCAGGCGGCCAUGGACAGUCUGGGUCGCUCAGAUCACCGUGUGGGAUACGGGAGCGGUAGCGUUUGUAACAGCAGCCUCAACAGCAGCGGUAGUAGCAGCCACCACCACCACAGCAGCAACAACAGCAGUAAUCACAACAACAGCAACAACAGUAACAGCAACAACAACAACAACAGCAGCAGCACCAACUUCAACAGACUGAGUCCGUGUAGCGAUGACAGUUCUUUAGCAGACUUCCCAAGAUCGUGCUCCUCAGAAGACAGUUGCGGUGACGGCGCUCGCGGCGACCAGUUCCACAGCUACCGCUCCCGGAAACGUCAGUUCAAGGCCGACAUGUCUCCGGGUGGUAACAACAAUGACGCCAACCGUAAAGCCCGCAGGAAAAGCCCCCAGUCUCCAGAGGAGUUACAAGCCCAACGGUGUCUUGCCAACGUCAGAGAACGACAGAGAACAGAAUCUCUGAACGAGGCGUUCUCCCAGCUGAGGAAGAUUAUCCCUACCCUACCUUCGGAUAAGUUGAGCAAAAUCCAGACUCUCAAACUGGCGUGCCGAUAUAUUGACUUCUUGUUCCAGAUUCUUCGGAGCGACGAAGCGGAGUUGAAGUAUUUCCCAUCCAGUUGUAGUUACAUGGCGCACGAGCGUCUCAGCUACGCCUUCAGUGUUUGGCGUAUGGAAGGGGCGUGGCACAUGACUGGCCACUAACACCCAAGUAACCAAAUGACUGUAAUAACAGAACACAACUGGGCACUCCAGGCUCCUUUUAAAUACAUGGUAAAAGGAUGUCUCUGCCUUAAAUUUUUGCCUGCCGUGGACUUUAAAAUCCUUGAUCUUCAAUCAGACUCCGUAACGAGCCAUGACGUUCAUCGAACAAGAGUUUUGAAGAUGUAGUUUAGGGUGUGACAUAUGUGAGUGUAUGCCUUGCACAUCGUCUUGUGAACAUACGACUUGUUCGUGAACGUAAAAAUCUUUUAUGUGGAAGGAGAUCUUCAAGUUGAUCGGCAACUGUGUCUAAACAUGAAAAAAACCCGUACAUUUUAGCAUGUACGGCAUUGGUCUCAGAUACAUGAACGCGUUAAGAAUUAUUGUAAUGGAACAUAUUAUGUCUCUACUUUCUGUUGUUCUUGAAAUGCCUCGUGUUAUUCUCACUGAGCAUUAGGGAACAUGUGCUUUUGUUCGUGACAUGGCGAGAAUUCGUAGUGAUUGAAUAUUCUGUUGCGUGAAAAUGGUAUUCCAGGACAAAAGCUCGGUGGAUUGAAUGAAUAGUUCUCUGAAUUCUAGUCAUGGUUUUUUAUUUCAACUUUCAGUCAGUGGAUAUAUACUCUACCAAUGAUUAUAUUGCUUUUACCAUUAUCUAGAGCACGAUUCGAAUUUCAUUGGAAUAAGUUCCUGAAACCUAUUAAAGUAUUGAUCUAGUCAUGAUGUAUUGUGUUUGUAUUUGAAAGAACAUGUUAUUUGAUUUCAGGUUAUUGUAUUAUUAAUAGAAAUGUUUUUGUCUUUUCUUUUCAGUUUUGUUCCAGAUUAUACUUAUGUAAAAUUCCUGGAUUUUGGAGCAUGAUAUUCAUAAUAUAUUACUAAAUUAUAAAAUAUAGAUAAAAGCUCUAAUUCUGAUUUCAUCUCGUAUACGUUACGAAAACAGUUAUUGCUGUCAUAUCGUAUUUGUCGAGAGUACUUUUGAAAAAUAUCACACAAUUGUGUAUAAAAGACAGGAAUACUCAUUGUAAGGUACAUGUACUUUCAAAGAAGGAAGUUGCAAAUUGUGAUCCUGGUGUUACUUAUUAUGAAUACCAGAAAUAAUUCCAAUUCCGUUAAAUGAAUUGUUUGAUUCUCCUUUAAAAAGAAAAUCCUUUUUCCAAGGAUAGAAAUGGAAAUUCAGGGAAAUAUUAUGUCGAAAUGUGCACACAUCAACUGCAUCAAUUGAUUUCCAUCUUUAAAAAAUACAUUUUGGAAAACGAAAACCAUUGCUUUUAGAAGAAAAACGAGAGGUUAAUUUGACUAACAAAAAUGUUGUCUUUACCGUGCGAUGCAAAAGAAAACAUAAUGGAGCUAGAGAUAUAACUAUUACAUUAGGUAAACAGACUUUUUCAUAAGUUCGUGAAGAACUAAAACUAUUCUGGGUGGUCGUUUUGUAACCGUUCCAUACAAUAAAUGUAAUAACAAUUCAUUUCGAAAAGCCCACCAGUCACAAAACCGUGCUCUUCCUAGAGUGUGAAAGCACUGAUGAACAUUAAUUUUUGUUAUUUAUUCGGAAGAAAAGUGUACGCAUACAUAUAUUUCAUAAUUUUUGUUGUACGUGGUCACAAUAUUACAAGAUCAACAAAUCUUGUGGCGAAGAGUGACUGCUUUAUCAUUUCACUGGAAAGGCACUUGCUAUUAAUUAAGAGAUACAAUUAUCUGUUUUCGCAAUUUUCUUUGCCGUUAAGGACAAUUUUGGAAUAGGUAGUUUUGCUAGUCAGUUUCGUUAUGUAGUGAAUACCUGAAACCAUAAUUAUUGAUUCUAAAUUAAUAACAAAUUAUGACUAAAUAGAUUAUGUUGGGCUAUCCUGUGGCUCUAAAUCAGUUUGAAGACCAAUGCCACCUUACAAUUAGAGACCAAAUUCUGACCUAAGAUUUGGGCCCUUAGUCUUUAGUGUUAUCCCCUGUGCCUUACAUUGUUCCUUGGGUAUCUUGUCUUCCUCAGAUCUGUGUUUAUGGGGUUAUCUUCCAAUAGGUCCGUCCACUCUGUUCCUAGACAGUGCUGACAUUUUUUGUUGAUUUUUAUGCAAAAAGAUGGAAGUUUUAUUGACAUUAUUUUAAUAAAGACACUCUUUAGUAUUU